GUCUAACGUACUAUGCACAAUGUUGGGGUCUAAACCGAAAGCUUACAUUCAUGGUCAGACAUAAUGACGGCGGCUUUCUCAACACAUUUAAAGUUACCCUCUCCUCUCUUCGGGCCACCAACGUGACACACCUCCAAUCUCAGGCUGUACACUUUUCGUAGCAGCAAAUGUCGGGUGACCCACCCCUUCGCCAAGUACUCGUUUUAACAUAAAUCGCCGCCAACAGCUCCAAAGUGUUUAAUCAGAGGACUGUGGGAACAGCUAGGUUUUGUAUCAUUGUCAGUACAGUGCCAUCAUGGGGGCCUGCCAACGGAACACUGGGUCUCCCUACCCGUUGAGUAGUUACUUCAACGUUCACUCGAUGGCAAAGCGGACCACCAAUGGAAACGUACCUCUUGUCAACUGCAAUGCAGACCUCUGGUCUGGCAAGAUCGAUGUGGGCACGCCCCCUCAAACGUUUACAGUGGUGUUCGAUACUGGUAGCUCAGACCUCUGAGUUUUCUCAGAAGUAUAUUCCUUCCAUCUACCGAAUGUCUUGUCAACUGUGUUGGGCAUGCACAACACGACCCUGCUGCAUCCUCGUAUGCAAAAUAUUGUGGCCAGUCGCUCGUGCUCAUGUACGGCGCUGGGGAGACAGCAGGCGAGGAGUACGUCGAUGACGUUUUUGUUGGAGGUUGCGAAGUUGCGAAUCAGGUCAUUGGUGCCGCCUGGGCAUAUUCGCUAGAUUUCAGUAGGGACAGGUCUUUCCGGUCUGGCAUUCUGCGAAAUAUAGGAGUUAGAAGGAAGUCCACUCUUCCAAACACUAGACGAAAGUGGCAAGCUCUGUCCCUUGACAGUUUGACUUCACAGGUUUAUGUAAUCACACGCAUUUGAAAAUGGCUGCAACCAUCGAUGUUGGC